AUUGGUUUUGUUGUUUGCCCAAAACAAACCCUCGUGUGUCUCAGCCUCAGGUGGUCGCUACAAUCAUCGGCGACCACGACAACUUCUCUUUCGCUUCGAUUUGAGUUAAGUUUAUUCUCUUUCUUCAUUUUCGCUCAAAAACCCUCUUUAUCUAUAUAAUGGAUUUUCUGGUUCAAGGAUAUAGACGAAUAGGGUUUCUGUUCUUAUCAUUCAGGCAUUGCUUAAUUUUCAAUUUAGAUUGUUGUUUUUUCCCUCAACAUUUUUUCAAAGUUAGUUUUCCUUUUUAUUUUUAUUUUUUCACUGAACUGUCUAUGUGAAAUACUUUUAUGUACUACCAGAUAUGUAUGGCCUCAUAGUUUAAUCGAAAACUGUUUUUGAAUUAAUCACUGCUAUACUUGAGUAGUAUGUUAACUGUUUUUUAUUUUAUUUUAUUUUUUUCUUGUGGUUCUAUUUGAACAUUGUGUAAUGUCACUGGUAUUUUUAAUGUUUUCCAGGAUGUAUCUAUAGUUCUUUUCUUACCUGUUAUUGUUGUCAGAAACAGAUUGAGAAGACAAUACUAUAUAUGCAAUGUCCUGAAUACCCAUGAAUACAUUGCAUUACAAAGCACGGUUAAUGAUGAAUAUAUGGUGCUUUGGAAGGAAUCUCGUCACUGCUUCAUCCUCUUUGUCCCCUUUGCAACUUCCAGCACAAAAGGAAGCUCAUUUUUGGUAUAUUUUGCCUGAUGAGGUAAAGAGCACAAACCUAUUAAACCGAUAUUUAGAAAUUCUAUCACCCUGUGAGAAAGAAAAUAUAUUUCGCAUGCGCGGGGAAAAGCUACAGAAAAGAGCGCUCCUAGCUCGUGCAUUGGUUCGCACUACGUUAGCAAGAUACCAGACAAAUUGUCAGAUUGAUCCAAAAUCCUUAAGGUUUAGGAAGAACAAUUAUGGCAAGCCUGAGGUGGACUGGCAAUAUGCUGAUGAUUGGAGCCUACCACCUCUGCAUUUUAAUAUCUCACACACAUCAUCUUUGAUAGCUUGUGGAGUAACUGUUGGCUCACCCAUUGGUAUUGAUGUGGAAGAGAAGCAAAGGAGGUUAAAGAAUGAUAUUUUAGCUUUUGCACGACGAUACUUUUCUCCCCAUGAAAUAGAAAUGCUGACUCACAUUGCAGACCCUGAACUCCGGCGUCAGGAGUUUAUAAAACUAUGGACUCUGAAGGAGGCAUAUGUAAAAGCAUUAGGGAAGGGCUUCUCAGCUUCACCUUUCAAAACUUUUACUGUUCGAUUUAGAGAUCAUAUGAAAGGAGGCAUCCAUAUUCCACCUCAUACAAUUUCUAAGGCACCUGAAAUUACUGUUGAGGCUUCUGAUGACCUGAAGAAUCUCUCAAGCAAUUGGCAGUUUGUGCUUCUGGAGUUGGUUGGUUCUCAUUAUGCUGCCGUUUGUAUAGAACAGGACAGCAUCAAUGCAGGCAAAGGGAGCAUUCCAGUAAAUCUAACCCUACGGAGAACAAUCCCGUUUGUUGAAGAUGAAUGUAUUUCUGGAACUGACACUGCUAUAGUGAUUGGUGGCUUGACUAGACUGUUAAUGUGUGAUUAGUGAUUGGUGGCUUGAUUUGUGAUUAGAAUUGUAAUUGGCGGUGGCUGCUGCACUUGCUGGAAAUAACUUUUUGUUAAUUUAAUCCAUGUAAAAAUUUAUAAUUAUUUGAAUAAUUUAGGUAUAUUUCUUAUAUUAAAAUGUUUAAAAAAUUACUCUCCUUAUGCAUUUGU